GCAGUGUGUAAACAACUCUACCUUUAAUUGGCUGAGGUCUUUAAAUUAUCAAACUAUGUCUGUUAAUUUGUCCAGCAGAACAUCAAUUAGAUUACUUCACAGUCUAAUGAAAAGAUCCAGUGUCUACAGCACUGGUAUCCUGCAUCAUGGACUGACUACUUCAUCACAACUCAGCACUGACAAGAUUAUUGUACCUAACAGAAUACCAAGAUCAUCAACAGCUAUACUUGAGGCGCUGGCAAGCACUGUGAGUCGCGACACCUCAGGACCACAUUACAAGUAUCACGAUGAUCCUUACUUAACACCGGCCUCCAAUCUUGUCAAGAGGACCUUUUCCCUCUCCAAGGAAGCUGGACGUAAGGCUGCACGAUGCAUACGUGAUGAAAAUGCCAGUCUUUUCACACACCGGCCAGAUGACCCAUUUAUUGAGGAUUUUUUCCCCAAAACUUCUUACACUGAAGAGAGCAAUGUGAGUGAGGAAACCCUUCAUGACCUGAUCCAGAAAUGUUCAGUGUCAGAUGCCAUUACUGUGUAUCAUAUCUGCAAGUCUAAGGCUGUUGAGUUGAGUGAUAAAGUUCGCCAGGAACUUCUUGAACUGGUCUCCUAUUACAACUGUGAGGACCCCCUGGAUAAAGACUGGGUUGAAGAGCGCUGGUACCGCCAAGGUGUCCUGACAGUCAGGAAAACAUGGAAAGAUAACGGACUUGCUGAAGAGUUGUUCGAGUCUUUAAGUAACAGAGGACCUGCAGCAUAUAGUGCCCUGAUUCGUGGUAUGGCUCAGUACUUGCAGGUUGACAGAGCCUGGCAGCUUUAUCAGGAAUGCAGGGAGAAGGAUAUUCCUCUGGAUGCUCACACUUACAACUCUCUCAUCCGGGUUGCUUCAUAUCUCCGCGAUGCCUUUGAACUUCGGUGGCAGCUAGUCAAGGAACUGUUGACUACCAUGGCAGAAUCAGGUAUUGACCCAAACUUAGGAACACUGAACAGUACUCUGGAAGCCCUCGGUCAGGUGGCUAGCUGGCGACAGGCACGGCAGAUCAGUCUUCAGGUCCUCGCCGAAUUCAAUAGCCUCGGAAUCCAACCAUCCCUGGCAUCAUAUUAUUACCUGCUGACUAUACACUGCCGAGAACGGGGACCCAUAAGUCAUAUCUUGAUUGAUAUCCUUGACCACAUUGAGGGAAAGGAGUUCAGUGUUGAGGAUCCUAAAGACACAUUCUUCUUCGUCACUGCUAUGGGUAUUAGCCGCAACCAUGUACAGAGCUUGGAUGUGGCCAGGAGGGUGGAUGACUUGCUACACACUGGUAGUAACUAUGAUCUGAUCGGAGACUCGUAUAAAGAAUCCAUUUAUUAUCGUCACUAUUUUGGACUGGCUUGUUCAUCUCUGACUAUUGAUGACUUCAUGUUACUGUACCAGGAAUUAGUCCCACAUAUAUAUACUCCAGAACCUGGGGUAAUGGGGGAGGUGUUGAGGUCAGUGGGAGUUCAGGAGGCAUUUGAAUAUUUACCCCAACUAUGGUCAGACAUGAUAGUGUUUGACCACACUAAUCAAGAGCGGCUCGUCACGCUUGUGUUGUCGGCACUGUCCAAGUAUCGGCCGUCACAAGAACAGGAGCAGUUAACUCGGCAGCUGGCAGAUAUUGCUUGGGAUAUAUGGACUAGGGUGCAGGGACAGGAUGAGACCAGACGACAAAAGGUUUCAUGGACAGGCCAAAUGAUUGGAGAUUUGAUAACUACCUUGGUUUAUUGUGGAGAGUAUGGUAAGGCUUCAGAGGUGAUGAAGGAAGCAAAUACUAAUGCCCACAAUGUACUGGGAGCUAUACCCAUUACCUCAUUACACACUCUGAAUGAAGUUGCAGUUGAUAAGAAAGAUGCUGACAUAGCUGUGAGCAUAGUUAUAUAUGCACUGGAUGCUGGACACCAAGAGGCUGGGGAAAUGGCAAAACAACUUCAAUCCAAGUUAACUCUCAGCACACAGAACCGGGCAAAACUUAGUUCAGUUUUUGGUAGUGAGCUUCUAAGUUCACCAUGAAGAUUCUGAUAUUCUUAAUUAUUGAGUAUUAUGUAAACAAUAUUUAUCGGUCAUGUACAAAACUGGGACAAGAGGAAGUGUGUGGUACUUCAACACAGCACCCAGGAGAAACACAGGUACAGUAUUCAUGUAUAGAGGCAGUCCCACCAUUAACAAUUUAUAGAUAAGAAGUAAUUAGUAUCAUUUAUAUGUUAAACUCAUGUAUAUUAUGAAAAUAAUUUACAAGAUUUUUUAUUUUGAAUCUAUGAUGGAUAAUUUAUCAAAAGUCAAAGGGAAAAAAAUAGUUUUCUUCCGGUUACAUUUACAGUACAGUAUAAAAAAAUUGCUUUGUUUUAUAGGAUUGUCAUUAUUAAUGUUACCCCCAAUCAGUCUCUUAUGCUAUAAGUAAAAUGCUCCAGUUUUCCCUCCACAUAACUUCAGCACCAUAGUAAUUUAAUUAACAGUUGCUGACUUUGUAAGCUGUUAAGUGCAAGAGAAUUAAUAUGAAAGUGCAACUAAUUUUUAGUACUGUACAGUAAUUGUAUAUAGUAAACAAAAUAAUUCUUUAAUGUUGCAAGCAAGUGCCAUGUGUGAAUACUAUUAUGAAAUUUGUAGUCAAUGUCUUUAAGCAUAUUUAAUACUGAAACUAAGUUCUUAUAGGAAGAGAAAGGAUGGGAAUUAGACACUGAACAAAAAAUUGCCAAUACAAUUAUAGAGAACUUAGUGAUGAUGGAUAUUUUACUUUCUAUCAUUUAAUUUACUGAAACAUACCUUGGUUAAUCCCCUUGUUACUAAUACAGGAUGAAACUCCCAUGUCCGGCAUUUUAACUUACGGCAACUCCCAAAAAUUGCAUCGUUUUCAGAAAUUCCUUUACCCAGCAAACCUCCCAAUGGGUAGCAGGAUCUCAUAGUUUUGCCAGUUUGUCACUACGGUUAUGUUUUCGUAGCGUGCCGAUCGCUCCUGCCAUUCAGUUCAUUUGUUAUAAUUCAUAGCCGAGGGUGGUGGUGUGCUUAUUGAAGUGUUACAGUUUUAUUCUACCCUUACUGAACUGCACCAUGGCUCCCAGAUUUCAAAAUACCAAAUGUGUUUUUAUACCUAAAACACUUCAAAGAAAUUACACUACAUAUAAAGUACAGUUACAGUAUCAGUGACUCGUUACAAGUACAUAAAAAUUACAACAUUCUAAAUAAUGGUAAUUUAUUAUAUCUUGCUUGGAGUUGGUCCUGUGGUUGCUGGUUAUGGGAGCUUCAACCUGUAGUAGAAAUGUCUAAAUUCAUAUUAGUAUUUUAACCAUGUAAAUAAAAGCUGUAUAAAUAUAA